AUGGAUGUCAGAUAUGUACUUUUUAUAUCUGUGCUAUUGAUUAUUUCUAGUGGUUUAGCCGUUCCUUAUCUAUAUGAAUCAUAUAAAAAUGAGCUGAAAACGGAUGCCUGAAGAACAUGGGGAAAAUUGAUUUUAUUUGCUUUCUGCUUAGUUUGUGGUCUAAUCCUAGUGUUGACAAUUCAUGUUCAUAGUAAAAAAUUUGAACUUUUCGCGUUGAAUCUAAUCGCAUUAUUGACUGUGUUAUGUGCCUAUUAUAUAACAUUUGGCUUGAACUUGUCGUCUUUAAAACUUUGCUCACUCCUUUUCUCCAUGAGUAAGAAAGUUUAUUUUUAAGUCAAUAUAUAUUUUCACACGGAAAACAGUUUACUGGCUAGUCAGCACUCUAUUUUUCUUUCUUUAAAAAAAAGCUCAUUUUGAAGAAGAAACAGAUUUUUCCAAUGCAAGUUUAAAAUUAAAUAUUAAGAAAUUUUAUUAUUAAAUUAUCAUUUAUAUAUAUUUAUCAAAAAUAUUUUUUUAUAAAAAUAUAUGAUUUUCCAAUGGCUUGCUCGCUCACAGAGGGGGAGGUCAGCGUUUUCUGAUAUUUGCUUAUAUGAUUAUGAUAAAAAGUUUGAUUGCAUUAAGGUAAAUGAGCCAGAAACUUAUCAAGGAUUUUUGCAUAUAUCAAGUUUAUUCGUUAUAGCUCAUGCACCUUAAUAGAUCUCUAUAGCCCAGCAGAAUACCGACCUGAAAAAUAUGGUACAGGGCACCUGCCUUAUACAGUAUAAGUCUGGUUAGGCACCUUAAAAUCAUAAAUGGAGAUCUGUCAUUUUCGUUUUUACUUUCCAAAAAAGCUGACAAGGACAAAUUAAUUUUGGAAAUUAAAAUGGAUGGCCAAUAAUGAUCUAAAAUAUUUCAGGGGCUAUAUGCUAACUGCCAUUGUAAACAAUAAUUAGGCUCUCAGUGCAGAUUGUCUCUUGAGAAAAAUUCUUGAGUCACAAGAAGUCAAGGUUAUUCCUCCAGUAUCUGGAGAUCUUGAUAUCGAAAUUUCUGAAAAUGAUGAAUCUAAAGUUUUGCCAUUGGACAGAACUCAGGAUGUUUCAAGUAAUGUAACUUAUAUUACUAAAUUGGAUUCAACUGGGAGAAUUGAUAAUAAUCAAAAUAGAAGAGUUCCAGAGCCAAAAAAAGCAUUUAUAAAGUUCCCUUAUGAAAGUGGAGAUUUAGCUCACUUAAAUGGGAAAACAAGUGUAAAUAUAAUUCAAGAUUUUUAA